AGUGUCACUUUGCUGCCAGCGCUGGGCAGCAGCCAAGUCAGGGCGGUCACCGCUCGGACACCUGAGCACUGGAAAAGGCACCGUUGCCCUGUUGGCACCGCCUUGAUGCUUGCCUCCCCUUCUCUACCUCCUUUCGUUCUUUUGACCCUGUCCCCUGUGUCCUCUCUCUAGGCUCCUGGCCCGACAGCUGGUGCCUGGAUCUCAGCUCCCUCAAGGCCACCUCUUGGGACUCGGCGCUGCCCUGAUGAGCCCAAGCUGCGCCUGUCGGCUGCCUGUGAAACUCCCUCAGCAGUGGCAUGAUGGCGUCGGCGGUGGUGGACAGUGGUGGGUCUCUUCUGGAGCUUUCCGGUGGUGGCUUGAAACGCCAAGAGGAUGGGGAGAAGGUUCCUGAGUACCCUGCGGUGAUUGUGGAACCCGUCCCGAGUGCCCGGCUGGAGCAGGGCUACGCGGCACAGGUGCUGGUGUAUGACGGCGACACAUACCUGCUGCAGGAUGUGGCCGAGGAACAGGAGGUGGAGACGGAGAACGCGGAGCCGGUGGAAGCUUCUGUUCACAGCAGCAGCGCACACUGCCAGGACAAGACCAUUGAGGCGGCCGAAGCUUUGCUGCACAUGGAGUCCCCAACCUGCCUUCGGGAGGCCCGCAGCCCUGGUGGUGGAAGUGUUUGUCCCUCCUUGUGUGUCAACUCCAGAAUUCAUCCAUGCUGCCAUGCGUCCUGAUGUUAUCACAGAGACAGUGGUGGAGGUGUCAACGGAGGAGUCUGAACCCAUGGACACCUCUCCCAUCCCCACUUCUCCUGAGAGCCACGAGCCCAUGAGAAAGAAGAAAGUUGGCCGCAAACCAAAGCCCCAGCAGUCGCCGGUUUCCAAUGGGUCUCCUGAGUUAGGUGUAAAGAAGAGACCCAGAGAAGGCAAAGGAAACACAACCUAUUUGUGGGAGUUUCUUUUAGACCUACUUCAAGAUAAGAACACUUGCCCCCGGUAUAUUAAGUGGACACAGAGAGAAAAGGGCAUUUUCAAGCUUGUGGAUUCCAAGGCUGUCUCCAAGCUCUGGGGGAAGCAUAAGAACAAGCCAGACAUGAACUAUGAGACGAUGGGUCGAGCACUGAGGUACUACUACCAACGGGGCAUUCUCGCCAAGGUGGAAGGCCAGCGGCUCGUCUACCAGUUCAAGGACAUGCCCAAAAACAUAGUGGUCAUCGAUGACGACAAGAAUGAAGCCUGUGGUGAGGAGGCAGCAGCAGCCCCGGCAGCCCCAUCUCUAGAGCGUGUGUCAGUGUCGGCUGAAGGGCUCCUGAAGGCCGUGGCCUCGGCCCGCGCGGGGAAGAAUCAGGCACUCGGCUGCUCCCGGCCUGAGAAGGGUGGUGUCCGAGGGCCCACUGUCACAUCUCCUGACUCCUCACCCCGAUCUCCGCCUGCUGCUGCAUCUGUGGCUUCACCAGCAGCUCCACGGACAGUCCGUGUGGCGAUGCAGGUGCCUGUGGUGAUGACGUCUCUGGGCCAGAAACUCUCCACGGUGGCUGUGCAGUCAGUUAGCGCAGGUGCGCCCCUGCUCACCAGCACCAGCCCCAGCUCCGCGGCCUCCCCAAAGGUGGUGAUCCAGACAAUCCCAACCGUGCUGCCCGCCUCGGCCGACAGCGGCGAUAAGAUUACCAUGCAACCUGCCAAAAUCAUCACUAUCCCCGCCACACAGCUGGCUCAGUGCCAGCUGCAGACCAAGUCCACUCUGACGGGCUCAGGGGGCAUUAACCUCGUGGGCACCCCGCUGGCAGUGCGAGCACUUACCCCUGUGUCCAUUGCCCACGGCACCCCCGUUAUGAGACUCUCGGUGCCCGCCCCCCAGGCCUCUGGCCAGACCUCACCCCGGGUCAUCAGUGCCCUCCUCAAAGGGCCUGAGGUCAAGGCGGAGUCGGUGCCUUCAAAGCCAGAGCCUGAAGGGAAGACCCUGCAGCUGAUCCCUGAGGAGAAGGCUGUGGAGGCAAGUAAGACCGUCACCCACGUGGUGGUGGUAAGUGCGCCCUCAGCCAUCGCCCUGCCUGUCACCGUGAAGACGGAAGGACUGGUGGCCUGUGAGAAGUGAGCUGGCCCUGUGGCGCUGGGAAGGACUGGACUGAUGGGAGUGCUCCGUAGGUGGGGCAGGGACAGGGACGGCUGGAGAUUACAGUCAAAAGACUUGACUCAAAGCAUUUUAAUGCUGAUUAGCAAACAAUCAACCUUCUUGGAAGUGAACCGGCUUCCCAUGUUUCAGUGGGAAGCGAGCCCGCACUCACCACACCCGAUGCUGAUGGAAACGGCCUCUCCUGCCCGAUGGAGCCCGCUGUGGAGGUGCGCCAGGGACCAACCAGUCACUACAAUGUCAGUCAUCACACUAAGCUCGGCACACUAACCUUCUCGAAGAGGGGCCGUGGUCGUGGGGGUCAGGGCGAGCCAGCGAGUGAGCGUGGAGUUCCCCAAGAGCAAGUUGCGCUGCAUCUGAUGUGCAUACCAGCAAUUACUACUGUGCUCGCACAGAACUCACUUAACUGGUGCUAUGUGAAGACUCUGCUAAUAUAGUUCUUUUAGAAUGUGAAUGGAAGAGCGGAUCCAAAAGCUUCAGAAAGGAGAGCAAAAAAAAAAAAAGACCGAGUGUUUUUUCCCUUUGGGUUGGUUUAUUUUUUUUAUUUUUUUAAAAAAUCAUAUAGCUUUUAAGCUGAUUUAAAACAAAGGCCUUAGACUAAUUUUCGGUUUUCUUUCUUGAAAUAAGCUAAUGGCUUGUUUGUGUAAAGCUUUUUUAUUAAAAGAAAAAAAUUUAAAAAUCUUGUACCUAGCACAGUAUUGUUAUAGAAUUUACAUGUAACAUUUUAUAUGGUAGUUUUCCGUCUGUCCGUUUCUUCAUUGUGGACAAGGUUACAGUGGACUCGGGCCUGCUGCCACAGGCCUGUGCCACUCUGCAGCCUGCACCCUGGCAUCGGUGCCCGCCCACACAGCGGCUCCACUUUCACUGUCUCUUGGAAGGUCAGGCCUAGCAUGAAUUUUUGUCAGAUAGCUCUAAUAUCCGGAGUUUUGUUUUCUUUUUUUUUUAGUUGAAGUUUUAAAGAGGGGAAAGUACCAGUGUUCAGAUUUGAACUAUAAUAGUUUGUAUAUUCAACAUUUGAAGUAUAUUCUAUUUUGUUGUACUCUUGUUUCAAAGUGUAUUCAAGUAGGUUUUCUGAAAUAUAGAUAAUGAAAUUUA